CUCUGCGGGAGUCCCGGCCGCUCUCAUUCCACGGACCUCAGAGCCGGCCCAGGGCCCAUCCCGCAGUGGCAGGAUGAUCCCUGUGGCAGAGUUCAAGCAGUUCACAGAACAGCAGCCAGCAUUCAAAGUGCUCAAGCCCUGGUGGGACGUGUUGGCUGAGUACCUUACGGUGGCCAUGCUCAUGAUUGGGGUCUUCGGCUGCACCCUUCAGGUAACACAGGACAAGAUCAUCUGCCUGCCCAGCCAUGAACCUCGGGAGAAUUUAUCAGAGGCUCCAUGCCAACAGCUGCUGCCACGGGGGGUUUCUGAGCAGAUGGGGGACCUCCGGGAAUUGAGCGGCCUCAAGAACAACUUGGACCUUCAGCAGUACAGCUUCAUUAACCAGCUGUGCUAUGAGACAGCUCUCCACUGGUACGCUAAGUAUUUCCCCUACCUGGUUGUCAUUCACACACUUAUCUUCAUGGUCUGUACCAGCUUUUGGUUCAAGUUCCCUGGCACCAGCUCCAAGAUUGAACACUUCAUCUCCAUCCUGGGAAAGUGUUUUGAUUCCCCAUGGACGACAAGGGCCUUGUCUGAAGUCUCCGGAGAGAACAAUAAGGGUCCCACUGCUGGACGGGCCACGGCCACUGUGGCAGCCGCAGCAGGGCCAGGGCCAGGAAAGACAGGUGAGGGCGAGAAGGAGAAGGUGCUGGCAGAACCAGAGAAGGUGGUGACUGAGCCUCCGGCUGUCACCUUGUUAGACAAGAAGGAAGGUGAGCAGGCCAAAGCCUUGUUUGAGAAAGUCAAGAAGUUCCGGGUCCACGUGGAAGAGGGGGACAUCCUCUACACCAUGUACAUCCGGCAGACAGUACUCAAAGUGUUCAAGUUCUUUGCCAUCCUGGUUUACAACUUGGUGUAUGUGGAAAAGAUCAGCUUCCUGGUGGCCUGUAGGGUGGAGACCUCAGAAGUGACUGGGUAUGCCAGUUUCUGCUGCAACCAUACCAAGGCUCACCUCUUCUCCAAGCUGGCCUUCUGCUACAUCUCCUUCGUGUGUGUGUACGGCAUCACCUGCCUAUACACGCUCUACUGGCUCUUCCACCGACCCCUCAAAGAGUAUUCCUUCCGGUCUGUGCGGGAGGACACAGGAAUGAACGACAUCCCCGAUGUGAAGAAUGACUUCGCCUUCAUGCUGCACCUCAUUGACGAGUACGACUCGCUCUAUUCCAAGCGUUUUGCCGUUUUCCUCUCCGAGGUCAGUGAAAGCCGUCUCAAGCAACUCAACCUGAACCAUGAGUGGACCCCAGAGAAGCUUCGACAGAAGCUGCAGCGGAAUGCCCGGGGUCACCUGGAGCUGGCUCUGUGCAUGCUCCCUGGGCUCCCUGACACUGUGUUUGAGCUCAGUGAGAUAGAGGCCCUCCGGCUAGAAGCCAUCUGUGAUAUCUCCUUUCCCCCAGGCCUCUCGCAGCUGGUGAACCUCCAGGAACUCAGUUUGCUCCAUUCACCCGCCAAGCUGCCCUUCUCCUCGCAGAUCUUCCUGCGCGAUCGCCUGAAAGUGAUGUGCGUGAAAUGCGAGGAACUCCGUGAGGUGCCCCUCUGGGUGUUUGGCCUGCGUGGCUUAGAAGAACUCCACCUGGAGGGACUCUUUGCUCCAGAGCUGGCUCGAGCGGCUACUCUUGAGAGUCUCCGGGAGUUAAAGCAGCUCAAGGUGUUGUCCCUCCGGAGCAAUGCCGGAAAGGUGCCAGCCAGUGUAACGGAUGUAGCCGGACACCUACAACGACUGAGUUUACAUAAUGAUGGGGCCCGAUUACUCGCCCUCAACAGCAUCAAGAAGCUGGUGGUAUUACGGGAGCUCGAACUGGUGGCCUGUGGACUGGAACGCAUUCCCCAUGCCAUCUUCAGCUUAGGUGCCCUGCAGGAACUUGACCUCCAGGACAACCACCUGCGAUCCAUCGAGGAGAUUCUGAGUUUCCAGCAUUGUCGGAAACUGGUCACCCUCAAGCUGUGGCACAACCAGAUCGCUUACGUCCCUGAACACGUGAGGAAGCUCAGGGGCCUGGAACAGCUCUACCUCAGCCACAAUAAACUUGAGACACUGCCCACCCAGCUCGGCCUGUGCUCUAGUCUCCGUUUACUGGAUGUGUCCCAUAAUGGUCUGCGUUCCUUACCACCAGACGUGGGCCUCCUCCAGAAUCUGCAACACCUAGCUCUCUCCUACAAUGCCCUCGAGGCCUUGCCAGAAGAGUUGUUCUUCUGUCGAAAGCUCCGGAUUUUGCUUUUGGGUUACAACCAUCUGAGCCAGCUCUCCCCGCACGUGGCAGCCCUCAGGGCCCUCAGCCGCCUAGAACUCAAGGGCAACCGGUUGGAGGCACUGCCUGAAGAACUUGGCAACUGCACAGGACUCAAGAAAGGGGGGUUGCUGGUAGAAGACACCCUGUAUGAGGGGCUACCCCCAGAGGUGCGAGAAAGGAUGGAGGAGGAAUGAAGCUAGGCUGGGGUAGCUUCAAGUGGAGGCCUAUUGGAUGCCUCUGCCCUACCAAUGUCUUCCAAGAGAAAUGGCUGAUGGGCCCACCCAGAAGACAAUGGACAGUCUUGUCAGCUAUGUGGAGCCCAGGCAAGACCCUAGGACUAGUUCAUCUGGGGAGAGGCAGGAAGUUGUGGAUUUGGGGUGGAACCUCAUUCUCAAGCUCAAAACCACAACCUGUGUGUCUUUGACUAGCUGGCCUGCCCUCUCUCUGGACAUUCCAGUUAAUUAGUGUCAUAGAUGGGAGUGGAGACACAUCCCAGUGGGAUUUUCCAAUCAUCCUCCCUCCUCUUAACACAACAUGGCUUACAUCUGAGGUUCUCUCUCAAGGACGGGACACAAACACAAAGGACAAACUCCCCCCCCAUUAUUAUCCCAACUUUGAUGCCAAUUUCUUAUUUAUAAGUACAAUGGAUUUCAUAUUUGGCUAUGUGUCAAAACCAACUGAAUAGCUAGGAUAAAAGAAAACAUCCCAAACCACACCCCUGAAAUACUGACUCAGGAGUUUUGGGUGGAGGCCAGGAAGCUGCUCGUAAAUAAGCAUACCAGGUAACUCCUAAUGCAGGUAGUCCUGGAAUUGUAUAAUGGAAAUGCUGAUCUGUGAUGGAAAGAGAUGUCAAAGUCUGGUACAGUGGCUCACACCUGUAAUCCUACCUAGUUGGGAGGCUGAGAUCAGGAGGAUCAUGGUUCAAGGCCAGCUGGGGCAAAAGUAUUCACAAGAUCCCAUCUCAACAAAUAAAAAUCUGGGCAUAGUGGUACACCUGGCAUCCUAGAAACACAGAAAGCAUGAACAGGUGGAUCACAGUUCCGAAGAGCCUGAGCAAAAAAGUGAAAACCUAUUUGAAAAGUAUGAAAUUUAAAAGGCCUUGGGGGU